AGGACGCGGUUGUACAUGACAUCUACCCAAGGUCGAUACCUCCGCUAGAUUAAACAAAAACCCAAUUCACAAUCGGGCCUUACAAAGUGCUGUCUCGCACAGAAAGGAAACCGCAUUAAACUCCUUUAGAGCUCGAAAGCUGUCGAUAUGAACGGAGAAGGGUUUCUAUUUCUCUUCGGAGUGGUGAUGGCGGCAGUACUUUUGUUUGCCAUGGUGUUUUUCAUAAUAAUGUUCUCGGACUUGGAAUGCGAUUAUAUCAAUCCUAUCGAUCUGUGCAAUAAACUCAACCAGUUUGUUCUUCCGGAAAAUUUCCUGCACGCAUUCCUGUGGCUGAUGUUCCUGAUCAAUGGAAGCUGGAUGGCGCUAAUACUAAAUACUCCCCUCCUCGCAUGGCAUGUGUAUAAAAUUGUCAACAACCGCCACAUGUUCGACGCCACCGAAAUCUUCCGGACACUGCCCCAACAUAAAAAGGAAUGCUUCUUAAAGCUUGGAUUUUAUCUGCUCAGUUUCUUUUACUAUUUGUACCGCAUGAUUCUGGCAUUAUUAAAUGAGGCCUAGUUAGGUUGUCAUGUUAUGAGGGAAUGGGAUACCAAAUGCUUAAUUGUACGUAUUGUCCUACUGAUGCAAUUUCAAUGGUCCGUGUAAGCCGGAAGAUACUGCGAGAGAUCACUAUAUUGAUCUAGGG